UCUCAUUUAAAAAGAAAAAGUCAUUAAAUCAGAACCAACAAUCUUUUUAAAUUUUUGAAAAGAAGAAGACUAAAGUCCAUUGCUGAAAUGAGUCAAGAAUUCAAUUACAACAAGGUUGUUUCUGACCUCCGAAUCAGUUUUGCAAAUGGUAAGUUGAAAAGCUAUGAAGUUAGAUGUUAUCAGCUAUCACAACUAAAUAAGUUAUUGGAUGAGAACAAUGAAGCAAUUUGUGAUGCCCUUUGGAAAGAUCUCCGAAAAUCUAAACAAGAAGUGAAAAUGUUUGAGAUACUACCUGUGAAAGCAGAAAUUGCAGAAAUAAUGGUUCAGUUGGAUAAAUUUAUGAAACCUGAAAGAAUCAAAUCUGACUUGCAAAAUAUGCAAAAUACAUUAGAAAUUCGUAAUGAACCUUAUGGAAUAGUUUUAAUUCUUUCUGCUUGGAAUUAUCCUUUUUUAUUAGCUUUAAAACCUUUAGUAGGAGCAAUUGCAGCUGGUAACUGUUGCGUUUUAAAACCUUCAGAACUGGCGCCAAAUAUUGCAACUACAAUUGGAAAUCUUAUCCCUAAAUAUUUGGAUAAUGAAUUUGUCAAAGUUAUAAAUGGCGGAAUUCCAGAAACUACAGCCUUACUUCGUGAAAGAUUUGAUUACAUCUUUUACAUUGGUAGUACUAAUGUUGGAAAAAUUAUUCUUAAAGCAGCAAGUAACUAUUUUACUCCAGUCACACUAGAAAUGGGUGGAAAAUGCCCAGCAAUAGUUGAUAAGUCGUGUGACUUAGAUGUUGUUGCAAAUCGAAUUGCGUGGGGGAAAUUUAUAAAUGCAGGACAAACUUGUCUUACGGUUGACUAUAUUCUUUGUGUUGAUGGUAUACAAGAUGAAUUAAUUAACGCACUCAAGAAAAGUAUUUUAAAAUUUUAUGGUGAAGAUCCACAAAGAUCAACUGAUUAUGGAAGAAUAAUUAACAAUCGAAAUUUUCAGAGAGUAACCAAAUUGAUAAAAAAAUCAAACAUUGUACAUGGCGGAGAUUUUGAUGAAAAAGAUCUUUACAUAUCACCAACGAUAUUAAAAAAUAUAUCAGUUGAUGAUGAUAUUAUGAAAGAAGAGAUAUUUGGUCCAUUACUUCCCAUAAUUAAUGUUGUUGAUGUGGAAGAAGCCGUUCAGUUUGUCAACCAAAGAGAGAAACCACUUGCUCUUUACGUUUUUUCAAAAGAAAAAAAAACAAUCGAUUUUGUCUUACAGAACACCUCUUCUGGUGGGGUAACCGUAAACGAUGUCAUAAUGCAUGCUACCGCACUAUCUCUACCAUUCGGAGGAGUUGGUGAAAGUGGAAUGGGGGCGUAUAAUGGAAUACAUUCAUUAAAAACCUUUUCCCACCAAAAAUCAUGCUUGAUUGCAAGUCAGAGAUUUGAAAGUCUUAACAAUGUUCGUUAUCCUCCAUAUCCUUCUAAAGAAAACUUCAUGGUUCGCUUUAUUACAGAUGGAUUAAAUAAGAAAAUUAAUAGAAGUGGUGGAAAUAAGUAUUGGACAGCUGGAACUCUACUAAUUGCUUGUGGAGUUGUAAUUUUAGCAUAUUUCAACAAUUUUAAAAUUUCAGAUGAUUUGAAAUUUUGGAUAAAUAAAUAAAAAUAAAUGUAAAAAAUAAACGUAAUAAUGCUUGAGUGUUCGUA